GCAUAACUACAUCAUGGGAUUUUACAUCACGGUGCAAUUUGUAUGGAAAAUCAUGUAAAAAUGCACGAAGUGGGGUUGCAGUUUUUCAAGUGGAAAGAAAGCUGCGGUUGUUUACUUCUUUCACUGAAGUAUCAAUUUGUUGAUCUUAGAAUAUAAAUAGUCUCCUUGUGUUAUCUUAGUGUCACGCACUGUUCUCUUCUGGGGACCAAUCCAUUUUUAAACGAAUUGACAUUGCAUAAUCCUCUAAUUUUGAUUACCUGUGAGAAAAAAAAAAAUUGCACAUUUUUCUUGUGCAUAUUUCAUGAGUCCUUUAUGUUUUCAAAACAUAUCCGCAGGUGGUGCAUUUGGUGGAAAUAGAGGAUUGAGACCAGUACCACCAGAAAAGGGCAUCUUCCCCUUGGACCACAUGCAUGAAUGUGACAUGGAGAAGAAAGAUUACCUCAAUUGUCUCAAAUCUUCUGGUCACCAAUCUGAAAAAUGUAGACUUUUCUCCAAAAAGUACCUUGAAUGUCGUAUGGAAAAAAACUUGAUGGCUAAGCAAGACAUGUCAGAACUUGGGUUUGGAAAGGUUUCUGAGAUGGAUGCUCCAGGUGAAAAACCCAAUGAGAGAAUUAAUAACUGAUCUGGAACUAAAGGAUGAAGAGAGGUAUCACAAAGUUGGAAAAGCUUUUGCGGUUCAAACUGAGUCAAUGGGCAUUUUCAUUUUCAUUUGACUGUUGUACGUUUCAUUAUGAUCAAGGACAGCGAAUGAAGCAAAGAUAUCCAACCGUUACAGGGUUUGAUUCAAACACUUUUAAGGACCUAGAUAGUGAUGCAUAAAUUUUUGUAACCAGCUGCUGUGUUGAUCAUUCACAGUUUGCUAAACAGCUUUUGCUGAUCCUGCGUUAUCUAAACAGGACAUUAGAAUUCUUUUGUUUUAUUGUUUCGGUUGGUUCUAUUAGAUACAUUCACUUAAUCCAAAAUCAUUGGGAUUUAUUA